AUGCCCAUGUGCGGUGGAACAAAGUCUGUGCAGCGCAAGCUAGUACUACUAUACUUCCCAACAGUAUAUGAGCCCACAGUGUUCGAAAACUACGUCCACGACAUCUACAUUGACAACACACACGUCGAGCUUAGCUUAUGGGAUACUGCGGGUCAAGAGGAAUUCGACAGGCUACGGUCACUCAGCUACGAUGACACGCAUGCGAUCAUGCUCUGCUUCUCGGUCGACUCUCCCGACUCACUCGAGAACGUAGAAACCAAAUGGGUUGGUGAAAUAGCAGAAAACUGCCCAGGCGUAAAGCUCGUCCUUGUAGCGCUCAAGUGUGACCUGCGGAAAAAAGAAGACGAUGAUGCCGACGGCCAGCAGCCAGAAAAGCCAUGCAUUGACUACAACGAAGGUCUGCGCGUAGCAGAAAAGAUCAAGGCGCUGCGAUAUCUCGAGUGCUCCGCGAUGAAGAACCGGGGUGUCAACGAAGCUUUCACCGAAGCUGCCCGUGUUGCUCUGCAAGUCAAGACCAGCAAGGACCAGAGCGGCGGUUGCACGAUCCUCUAA